AUGAAGGAUCCACAGCUACCAGGUACCAAAAUACUAAAUGUCUGGGCGAAGCGACAUGGGAAAAAAGGAAAGAAUGAACCAGAGGCCCAACCUGCACAGACAGAACCAGAAACACGCACGGUUCCGGCACUAACACCUGAACAACGAGCGAAGCAGACAGCCUUCGAGAGGGUCCUCUAUGACAUGUCCCAUAAUGAGCGGGUCAUAGAUGACAUUAUGUUGGGCCGCAGGAUUGCUUUCUAUGAACUCAGAGGAGAAAUAGGAACCGGAAAUUUCUCCCAGGUCAAACUGGCUGUUCACGCUUUGACUAAAGAGCGUGUUGCAGUAAAGAUUCUUAAUAAGGCGCGUCUCGACAAGAAGUCACAGAACAUAUUUGCCUCAGAGAUCAUCUGUAUGGAAAAACUCUCCCAUCCAAACAUUGUCCGUCUGUAUGAGGUGCUUGAGACCAGUAAGCAUUUGUACAUCGCUAUGGAGUAUGGCAGUGGAGGAGACCUGUUCUCACGCAUCACCACCAGGGGGCGCCUGUCAGACCUGGAAAGCAAGCUCGUAUUUGCCCAGAUCAUCUCAGCCAUCAAAUACAUGCACGAAAAUAACAUUAUCCAUCGUGACCUGAAAGCAGAAAAUAUUUUUUACACCACAUGCUACUGCAUCAAAGUGGGCGACUUCGGCUUCAGUAUCGUCAGUGAGCCGAUGGAAACUCUAAACACGUUUUGUGGCUCCCCGCCGUAUGCGGCGCCUGAGCUCUUCAGAGACAAAAGCUACGUGGGCCGUUAUGUGGACAUCUGGGCGCUGGGUGUCCUGCUCUACUUUAUGGUGACCGCCACCAUGCCUUUCUACGCCGCCAACUUAGGCCGACUGAAACGCUGCAUCCUGCAGGGGGCGUACAGCAUCCCGCCCUACGUCCCUGACUCCUGCCAACUGGCUAUCAAAGGCAUGCUGAGACCCGUACCUGUGGACCGCACCACGGUGUCACAGCUGAUGAUAUGCUCCUGGCUGAAGGGCAUCGAAUACCCCAAACCCUAUCCCGCUUUCAGCAUGACGCCCAAUUACCUAGCUGACCCUGCAAAGAGCCUGUGCGUGGAGGAACAGGAAGUAAAGUCAGAUCUGAGUGAGCUGGGUAUCAGUGCCACACAUCUGCAGAAUAACACCUGCACUGACUGUCGUAGCCCAAUAACAGGAACUUAUCGUAUCCUGCUGCACCGCAUCCAGAAGAGGAGAUCUGUGGAGGCGGUGGGAUAUUCCGCGAUGUGCCCAGAGGAUUUUGGUAACAAGAAAUACUGGGCCAACAGCGCAACAGCUAAGCACAAUCCCUCUGCAGUGUGUAAUGUCCUAUGA